AUGUUGCAUGAAUCAUUAAAUAAUAAAAUAGUGUUCCCUUUUAUUAGUGUUCCUAGUGGGGUUCCUCCGGUAAUAUUUCUUGAAGAAGAAUCUGACGAAUCAAAAAACGAUUCAGAUGCCAAUAAUAUUAUCAACAAAGCCAGAAGAUGGCUUAAACUGAACAAAGAAAAAAACAAACUCACUAUAGUGCAAUGUUUGUACGAUCUCGCUAGUAAUGCAUACCUGCAAGAAAGUCCUAUUAGAUUUGAUAGUCGAAAUUAUAUUUCCAAGAGAACUAUUGAAAAGGAAGAAACAGAGAUUAGAGAUUUGUUCGAUUACUACUAUAGAGAAGAAUUAAACAAAAAGAACACUUAUCAAAUAGAAGAACUUGAUCUAGAUUAG